AUGCGCUUCCUAAUUGCCCUUUGCCUUGUGGCUGCUGCCAGCGCUGACUCGCUCGGCUACAACUAUCAGCCAUCCGCCUCCACUGGCUCAUCGUCCUAUGCUCCCUCUGCUGCCGGACCAUCAUAUAGCCAAGCUGCUGCCCAACCCUCGUACACCCAAUCCACUGGCGGACAAUCCUACAGCCCCGCGGUCGCUCCCGAAGCUGCUCCCUCGGCUGACGCCCCCAACUAUUCCGCUCCCCAGACCGAGCUGCAGAAGGAGUUCUUCACUUACACCGCCGAUGAGAGUGCCUUCAACGAGCCAGCUGGAUCCGAGCAGGUGUCCAGCUCCUUGAACAAGGCUCUGCGCGUGAUCUUCAUCAAGGGACCCGAGAACCGUGGCCUGGAGAAUGCUGCCCUGGCCCUGGCCAAGCAGGCCGGCCAACAGGAGACCGCCAUCUAUGUCCUCAACAAGCAGGCUGACAUCGGAGAUCUGGCCAACAAGCUGAACUCCAUCCGCAGCAACAACAACAACAAGCCCGAGGUGCACUUCGUCAAGUACCGCACUCCCGAGGACGCUGCCAAUGCCCAGCAGGCCAUCCAGGGACAGUACGAUCAGCUUGGAGGAUCUUCCUCCAUCCAGAACGGCGGUGUUGCCCCAGUGCUAAACUUCGCCUCCCAGGCACCCGCUCGUCCAGUGGCCGCUCCCUCCUCGCCGGAGAACUCCUACCUGCCCGCGUCGGUGCUGCGUCGCCGCCUGUAA